GCGGGGCCAGCAGUGGCGGGCGGUGAUGUCAGGGCGCGCCGCGGCGCGGGAGCGGGAGCGGAGCGGAGCCGGCGGCGGGUGACAGACGGGCUAAUGCAGGGGGAUGUCAGCUCCGAGGCCGUCCCGGUGCCAGCUCCUGCCCCGCAGCCUGCUCGGCGCAGUGACCCUGACUGGGGGCUCGCUGUUACUUUAAAUAAGAGCUCCUCUCGCCUCGCGCUGUAAGGUGAGAAAUCCUGCUGGAAGAGGAGGGCGGCUGCGGCACUUGGAGCUUGCUGGGUUUGCCGCCUGUUCUGGCAGCGAGCGCAGAACGGGCUGAAACGGAGCAGAGGCCCCCAGGAGCCUCCAGAGUCAAGUUCUGCAGAGGAAAACUAACAGAGCCCCGGCAGCAAGGAGAGCUCUUCUGGACUGGGGGAACGUCAGCUCUGAAAGCCAGUCCCUCUUGUACCCACCCCCUGGUUCCUUUAAGCUUCCAUUUUCUUCAGGGGUCUUUAUUUCAUCAGUUUUCCUCUCUGCCUUGUGUGCCCCAUCGCAGCAGUCUGCUGGAAGAAGGCCUGGAGAAGGACGCGCUAAAGGGUCACGCGUCGAGGAAGAGGAGCCUGGAUCCCACCUCGGUGGCUGCUGCCCCGCGCAGUGCUGGAGGGAAGGGGCCCUGCAGUGAGCCUGCUGUAGCUCCCGGCUCCUCCUGCGCUCUCUGCUAGCUCAGUUGUCGGUGUCCCCGUUCCUGGACUUUGCUUGAUGGGGAUCUCUGCUGCGGGAGCAGUCUCUGCACUCAAAGGCGGGCGAGCAGGGAUAGCAGAGGUGGCCUCUAGAUGCUGGAAGGGCCAUUUGUGUAAGGCCCUGGCCGAAGAUCUCUCCUGGAGCAGCUGCUGGCUGUAGGCCCACCGAGCCGAGGGUCAGGAGAGCCUCUCUGCAGGAUGUCUUCCAAGCCGGAGCAGAAGGAGACCCACCAGGCCAACGGGGCCGUGCUCCCCACGGUGCCCAUGAACUGCCUUGCCAGUCCAGACCGAGGGCAGCUGGUGGAGCCCUCGGAUUUCCUGGGACCUGACGGUGUCGGGGUGGAAGUGGUGGUGCUGGAGUCCCGCGCCAACGCUAAAGGGGUGCGAGAAGAAGACGCCCUGCUGGAAAACGGCAGCCAGAGCAACGAAAGCGAUGACACCAGCACAGACAGAGGUCCUGAGCCAGCCUCGCCGCUCAAGGAGACCUCGUUUUCCAUCGGGCUGCAAGUCCUCUUUCCGUUCCUCCUGGCAGGCUUUGGGACAGUUGCUGCUGGAAUGGUGCUGGACAUUGUGCAGCACUGGGACGUCUUCAAGUAUGUGACAGAGGUGUUCAUCUUGGUGCCUGCGCUGCUGGGCCUGAAGGGGAACCUGGAGAUGACUCUGGCAUCUCGCCUGUCGACUGCUGCUAAUAUUGGCCAAAUGGAUACACCCAAAGAGCUCUGGAAGAUGAUAACAGGGAACAUGGCGCUGAUACAGGUUCAGGCUACCGUGGUCGGCUUCCUGGCCUCAAUCGCAGCAGUGAUAUUUGGAUGGAUCCCAGAUGGGCACUUCAGCCUCGACCAUGCUGUGCUGCUUUGUGCCAGCAGCGUGGCUACUGCCUUCAUUGCUUCUCUUGUUCUGGGUAUGAUCAUGAUUGGGGUCAUCAUUGGAUCCAGGAAGAUGGGAAUCAAUCCCGAUAAUGUAGCCACACCAAUUGCUGCCAGCCUAGGGGAUCUCAUCACCCUAGCUCUGCUUUCAGGAAUCAGCUGGGGCUUGUACAAAGAGCUGGAGAGCAAGGCAUACGUGAAUCCUCUGGUGUGCGCCUUCUUCAUAGCUCUGCUGCCCAUCUGGAUCAUCAUUGCCAAGAAGAACGCGGCGACGCGGGAGGUGCUGUACUCCGGCUGGGAGCCUGUCAUCAUCGCGAUGGCAAUUAGCAGUGUUGGCGGUUUAAUUUUGGACAGAACGGUCUCAGAUCCAAACUUUGCUGGGAUGGCUGUCUUCACACCAGUUAUUAAUGGUGUGGGUGGCAACCUGGUGGCAGUGCAGGCUAGUCGCAUCUCCACUUACCUGCACAUGAGUGGGAUGCCUGGAGAGAGCCCCGAAACGGCCCCUCGGAAGUGUCCCAGCCCUUGCAGCACUUUCUUCAGCUCAGAUGUGAAUUCCCGCUCUGCCCGUGUGCUCUUUCUCCUGGUGGUGCCUGGACACUUGGUUUUCCUGUACACCAUCAGCUCCAUGCAAGGAGGACACACGACGCUCACCCUGAUUUUCAUAGUCUUCUACAUGACGGCUGCACUUCUUCAGGUCCUCAUUCUUCUGUAUAUCGCCGACUGGAUGGUGCACUGGAUGUGGGGCAGGGACCUCGAUCCUGACAACUUCUCCAUCCCCUACUUGACAGCGCUGGGGGACCUGAUUGGAACGGGUCUCCUUGCUCUCAGCUUUCACAUCCUCUGGCUCAUCGGUGACCGGGACUCCGAUGUGGGGGACUAGCUCUCCCUGCCGCCCCUCCCCGUCUCACAGCUCGCCGCCUCCACCAAUUUUGUUGUUUUUCUUCCACCUUCCUUUCCUUUACUUCCUCCCCCCCCAGUCUCUCUCGAGACUUCGUCUUUGAUACUGGAUUCUCAUUAUUUUCAAUGGGAAUUUUAUGUGGUUUAUAUUUCAAGCCAAGUUUGUACAGAAAAUAAAUCUAGUUUUAGGAAGGACAAAAAAGUGUAAUGAGACAAUCACCAAGUGCAAUUUCGUAGCUGUUGUCUGAAGCGAUGUUACAGUGAAGAUACCCCUCAGAUCACACGUGUAGGAAGCCCGCCCUGCCCACGUCACUAGAGGUGAAGGUUGCUUUUUUGCUUCAUAAGCAUCUCAGAUGUUGGAGGUAAGGUUCAGAUUUAUUUUACUGAGCGGGCACCUUCUAGCAGAGCACACUUUGUGGACGAGGGCAUGCAGUUACCUCCUUUCCUCUUUGCCCUGUCACCUUCCUCCCUCCUGUUUGCUUUCUGAAUCCCUCCUGUGCCUGGCCUCCAAAGCACACAGGGUUCUGGUAGAGGGAUUAGUGAAGGUAGAGAGGAAGCAUCCUCCGUGCCAAAAUGCCCAUUCCUGUGUGCCCACGAGGAAAGUGAGCGACUGCAGAGCCCGGAGAUCUGGCUGUGGGCAGGCUGCUCUCUGCUGACAGAUUUAAGCUCCCUUUGCCAGCCAUCUGGCAGCAUCUGCAUGUUGGAGACUGCAAACUGCUCGUGCACCAAGCUUCAGCUCCUGCUGCACGCAAACUGAUGUGCUCUGUGCUUCGCCCGAAGAUGCUGUGAGCUCUCCCAUCCAUCUUCCUCCCCUUCCUCCUGCCUGUGCUCUGCGGGAAGAUCUGCCGGAACCCUGGUGGGUGCGAGCCUCUCCUUUGUGCUGGUGUGGACACUGCGGUGUUCUGGCAGUCUGCACAGUUCAGUUGGCUUUUCUGUUUGGGUGGAUGGAAAAAUAGGUCCUAUUUUGUGCAUUAAGGCUUUCUUUCAGCUGCUGCGUGCUGCUGACGGGCCCGUUGCAGCUGGGAAGAAGUCACUCAGCACCUUUCCUUGCUGAGCCCGAGGCAUUUCAGACCUGGGAGCACAUGAGCACUGGCCGAGCACUGUGAGCACAGGGUUCCCUGCUCGGUUUUCCCACCUCCUUUUUGUGCCGUUCAACCGGCUGACGGCUGAGGCACCUUCUGUUGCUCUGCUUGUGCAGCCUGGAAGGACUCCUGUGCAGUAGUGAGUGAAAACCUGUUCUGGCUGCGUGACCAAGGUACUUGUAAAUGAUCCUCCUGAAUGCUGUUGGCACUCGGUGCUUUUUACUUCUCCCAUCUGGGUAUAAAUCAAUUCAGUAAACUGAGUGCAGCUUGAUGUCAGCGGGUCUUAUUGACUUGGAAACUUUACUCAGUUACACCACAUUUAAAUGAUGCACUGAAGCAGACAGCUUUAUUAAACAGCCUCUAAUGCAUGAACAUAAAUUGAAUGCAUAGCUGUGCAGGGGAGCAAGCUCUUAACAUCUGUCAAGGACGGGGAAAAUACAGUAUCCCAUGGAACCUAACUUCAGUGAUACCCAAAGCUUGGGGAGCUGCCAGCAUCCUUUCAAACUCUAGGGAGAUGCCUACAGCAUUCAGCACAGCAGCACCUCACAUCCCAAUCCUGAAAUAACAGCAAAGCUCCUGUUUUAGUUAGCUCUGAAGGCCUGGAGCACUGCAGUCCUGCUCUGGGUGCUGCCUGUCCUGGUUACUUGCAGACCCAGGCCAUAACCUGAAAGCUGCUGAAUUUAUUCCUGCCUGUAGGCUGCUGCUUUUCUUCUUUUGUGCUUAAGCGUGCUCCUCGCAGCAGAUCACAGCUGUCCUUGCUUGGCUUCAUUUCCUCCAUUCAGUGAACUUCUGCAUUUCUCAUACAGCCCUUAUUGAAACCAACACUUGUCUUCUCCUGGUUUUCCAUCCCAGCAGUGCUGGGCACCUCUCUGCUGGACAAUGGUGCAAUGUGGUGCUGGGGAUGCUGAGCUUCAUCCAAAAUAAGGCCGGGUUGGAAGACUUGUUUGUUACUGUGGACAGCACAGGAACUAGCUGAGCUUUACAGUUCCCUGCCCGAGUGCAGACCGCUUUUCUUUCUAGAUAAGGAACAAUGCAGUGACAGCACGUCCCAGCCCAGAGCCCUGCUUGCAGAGUUGGUCCUUGCCCUGGAGACAAGCGUGCUGGGAAGGGAGCUCAGGGUUAGCGAGUGGGAAGCCAGUGCUGCAAAGCCCCAGGAGCAGACGUAUCUAAACCAAACGCAGUUGGGCUCUUGUGCACUCUGGAGAGAAGAGUGGUCCCUCGGCAGAAGAAUCCUUUUGUGCUUCAUGUGUGAGCACAGGGUUCUCCCUUCUCUGCUGCCUUAGCUGUCUGCAGUGGUCAGCAGGCAGAGAGCUGGUCCUUGCCCCGUCAGGCUGCCUGCUCUCAGACCAUAAGAGCAGGCAAUAGGUUUUUUUUGAAAGAUUCCCCUUUAUUCCCCUGUCUACCUUGCUGAUGCUGGGCUUGCUUUCCCCUUCUCCGUCUUUGCAGCAUAUUGCUUGUGGCAGCAGCUCUGAACCUCGUUCUCUUCACCCUAGUGACUUGGCUUCUCACAGGUCUAAUUUGGUCAUGGCUCCUUUUUUUUUUAAAAAAAAAAAAAAAAAAAAAAUCUCACACCCACGUACUGAAGUCUCAGCCCAGGGACUUGUGCAGCCCAGCAGUAUCCUCUGCUGCUCAUCUGAUUUCUCUGCCUAAUGUUGAGGAAUAGAUACGAGAUUUCCUUCCAUUAACACGUAAGCUUUUACAUAUAUAUAUAUAAUAUAUGAAACUCUACCAGUCUUUUGUGUGUCACAUCGCUAUUUAGUUCCCCAAGAAAGGAUUUGUGCCCGAGGAAGAAUCUACUGCUCGUGGUCUCCUGUAAGAUGUGGAGACCUGGAGGUGAUGAAGAGCUGCGGUGCUGCUGGGACUGGUGGUGCCUGUGUAAUUUAAGGUGGGGUGAACAGAUCAGGGAAGAAUCUAACUUAAAAUUUCAGAAUGUUGAUGGACAAAAACUUUUCCCACCGGUUGCACUCAAACGCAUGCCUACUAUACAGCUGACUGCAAGUGAAAAAUCCUGGUUUACUCUUUUUAUUCAAGGAAAAAGACUGUCUUAAUUAUUUAUAGUUCCUAUAACUGAAUUGACAGAUGUCAACCUAACUGAUAAAUUAUAUUUCGUUAAAUAAAGAUGACAUUUAUUUAUG